UAUAAAGCAGAUGAAAGGUAAAAGAAGGUGAAUCCGUAAAAUAGUGCAAGGUCUAGGGAAAUUCAAUAUUUGCGUCAUUGUCUAAAUAUAUAAAAUAUAUCGGUAGUGUUUUAUUAGUAUUAGGAACAGCUCAUAUAUUGUGAUGGCGGACAAGUUCAAAGUCUCAGACACAAGAGCAGCUUCAAAAAGAAUUUGUGAGGAAAAAUUUGUUUGCUCAGGAGGAGAGGCCAGGUUCUGGUGUGAAAACUGUGGCAGUCGUCAGUGCUGUCACUGUGAAAGACAGCUGCAUUUACAGCCUAAAUUUCAAUUUCACGAUCGAGAGGAAAUUAUACAAAACCAGUACACAGUAGGGACAGAAGUGUGUCAGAAAUGGUGUAAUCCAUACAAUGCAGCAUCUGUAAAGUGCGAAGAAUGCAAAUCUGUGUUUUGUGAAGAGUGCAAUAAGGGUUACCACAUUGGGAAACUAUCAAAACAUCACCGAAAGUUAAUUCCAAAACCUGAACCACUUGCAGCAGCAGAAAAUUUACUACUGUUUUCAGACCCUGAUGACGACGAUAUACAGCAAAUCCCAGAUGACUGUUCUGAUAAUUUUCAAACUGGUAUAGAUUUCGAGGAACCACAAGCCCUGUCGUCUUUGCCCAAUUUAGAGUUACUGCCACCAACAGAUGAUUUUACUUCCUUUCCAGAUCCAUUUUCAAUAAAAUACUCGCCUGGUGUAGGUCUAAGCACAGCCACUUCAAAUUUACUAGACUGCAAAACAUCUCUAAAUUCACUCAAAUCAGGCAGUGAAGAGCUAGGCCUAGGUCUAGACAUGACCCAGAAUCGUCAGGCAGCAGUGGUCCAACCGAACAGCCAUUUAUCCUCAAUGGAUGAAAUUGAGACUGCGCUUCUUGGUCUAGAUAUUGGAAAUAUGGACCAUUUUGUGGAGCCAGGGGGUCGUCCGAUUCCUCGACCAAGAGCAAAAUCGGCCUGUGGUGCUGAUGCUGCCCCAAAGAACGGGGAAUCAGAUCAAGCUGCUUUACUUGCUCUUCCUAAACAUACCGCAAGACCAGGUUUUCUUCUUGUUAAUGGUGAUGAAAAGCUCCAGGUCAAAUCUGAAGCAGAAUUAUUGGAGAAACUAGGUUGCAAUGAGGAUAUAAAGAUUGUGUCAAUAUUUGGGAACACAGGAGAUGGAAAGUCCCACACUCUUAACCAUACAUUUUUCAAUGGCCAGGAAGUGUUUACCACCUCCCAGCUACAAGAGUCUUGCACCGUGGGUGUUUGGGCAGCUUAUGACGACAACCUCAAAGUUGUAACCGUGGACACGGAAGGGCUCCUUGGGGUAUCACCCAAUGAGAAUCAACGUACAAGACUUCUGCUAAAAGUAAUGGCGAUAUCAGAUAUCGUCAUUUAUCGUACAAGAGCUGAUCGACUGCACAGCGACCUGUUUCGUUUCAUUGGAGACGCAUCAUUAGCCUACCGGAAGCAUUUUGAUAAAGAGCUGACGAUAACGGCAGAUCGGAUUGGUGAAGAUAUAUCUUUGUCUACGAUUGGUCCAGUUGUAAUAGUCUUUCAGGAGACCCAGCAUACAGAUAUUUUAGGAUUUGGAUGUGAAAAGUCAGCUGAUGUUCUUCUACGCGAGCGAUUUGAGAAAAUGAAAUUGAAUAUGCGUGCAUUCAGCAGCAUCCAUUAUGUUGGUACACGAACUGAUAAACCCCCUACAAACUUCAAAAUUCUGAGAGAUAGGCUAAAGGAACAUAUCAAAGACAAUACUGUACGGUCCCCUAGACCAGUGUCAGUGAUGUUUGCAGCAUUAAAGGUUUUGAAUGAAAAAUUUAGCGGGGAGAUAGAAACAACUCAACCAAAGACUUUCCCGGAUGAAUACUUCACAUGUACAAGCCGGUGCUUAGCGUGUCAAAAGCGGUGUACUAAGACAAUGAAUCAUAAAGAUAAGUUGGGUCACGAGACUGAUGGCCGAUGCAAGUACCUACAUCAGCAUGAUAAUCGUGUCUAUAUUUGCAAGGCAUGCCUAGAAAAGGGAGGAGAGGAAGUAGUGGUAGUACCCAAAACCUCAUCUUGCAAUGACUCCAGCUGGGUGGGCCUAGCAAAAUAUGCUUGGUCAGGAUAUGUUCUUGAGUGUCCAAAUUGUGGCAUCAUCUACCGCAGUCGACAGUACUGGUACGGCAACCAAGACCCUGUAGAUGCUGCAGUCAGGACGGAGAUCAGACAUGUUUGGCCUGGGGGUCAUAUGGUGCUGCAAGGUACCACCGACAAUACAAGCAGGAAGGUGAUUGACGGACUGUCAUAUUUGAUUGACACCGUUAGCUCCGUCAGUAAGAAACCCACCAGUAUGAUAAGUGAUUGGAUAUCUGACCAGAUAGCGCCGCCAUAUUGGAUCCCGAAUUCACAGAUUGUGGAAUGUAACAAGUGCGGCAUAAGAUUUGAAAAUGAUGAGAAAAAGCACCACUGCCGGGCUUGUGGUAAUGGCUUCUGCGAUGACUGUUCCGAUCAGAGACUACCGGUCCCAGAAAAAGGCUGGGGUGAAGCUCCCGUCAGGGUGUGCAAAGACUGCUUUGAAACCCGAUCAGAACAAGCUUUGGCAGUCCAAGAAGGAGGAUUAGAUCAGCCCCCUGUGAUGGCAAGGAAAGUCGGAGAAGCAUUUCAAAAUACUCUUGGAAUGGUGGCCAAUGUCAUGGUUUACCCAAAAGACUAUCUAUUGGAUGUGGCUAGGCCUGUCUACUGGGUGCCUGAUGAGGAUAUUAUCAGUUGUAACUGCUGCAAGAAAGAGUUUACCCCCAAGAUUCGCAAACACCACUGCAGAGCAUGUGGCCAAGGGGUGUGCAGCGACUGCUCAAAGCAUACCAAGCCAGUUCCCUCGAGGGGGUGGGAUCAGCCUGUCAGGGUGUGCAACGACUGCAAUGAAAAAGAGACUCUUUGAUGAUAAAUCAGCCAGUGGAUAGCAUUGAGAAAUGAAAAAAAAAAACUCAUUACCAAUUAUAGGGACAGACAGUUCAGAAUGUUUGCAUUUUCAACAGGAAUAGCAGGAUAGUUGCUAGACCACACCUGUGGUUAUGUGGGAUGAUCACUUUCAAUUUAAUUGUGAAAUGAUUUUGUUUACAAAUAUUAAGGUUGCACUAUUAUGUUAUGUAUUGUUACUCAGGGAGUAUGGAAUCUUAACUUUGUAAUACAGUGAUUUAGUUCACUUUGUGGUUCCUGCCUACUUCCUGAGUUGACUGUAUGUGUUUGUAGUUGUGUUUCUGGCAAUAAAGAAUAAGACUAAGACCAUACCACAUGAGUAACACUUUGAGGUUCCUCCCCCUCCUUGGUUGACUACAUGAUUUUGAGAAUGUAUAAAAGUGUUGCCAAAUUAUGGAAUUUGAUAUGUUAUGCAAUAAUGAAACAUUUUUUAAAUAUUUUAAUGAUAUAUAUAUAUAUUUCAGAUUCUACUGUGGACAGUUUUUUUUAGUUCAUCUUGUACUAAUAUUGAUUUUGAUUAACGCUUUUUUUUCAAAUUAUAAAACUUCUUUCUGUUUUGUUAUUAAUCUGUGUUUUGGUAUACAGUAUCUAUGAUUAAAUUAAUUCCUCUAAUGUAUCCAAAAUACCUUAAAUGUUGGUGGCCAGUAAUAUUGUUUAAUUAUCAUCAUUGCCACUCAAUAUAGAGUAAAUGAUCCUGUGUAAAUAUAUUUUCUGUUGAUUAUUGAUUAAAAAACAAUUUAGUUUUCAUGUAUUGCAUGUACAGUAUUCUAUAACCAAAGCAAAGAGUAUAGAACUGCAAGGGUUCAGACUCUCAGGCUUUCGUUAGAACACAAUCCUAUCUCAAAAGAAGUACAAUCACAAAUUAGAGGGUGUCCUUCAAUAUAGGGCGCUCAUCUUGUGAUAGUACUUUCAUUGUGUGCGUACAAAACCAGAGCAGUUGGACCUCUUGCACCAAUGCCAGUAGUUAUAAUGUAUACAUAUAGCCUUAGGUACAUGUCUUAUAUGUUUAGUGCAAUUUGUAUGGGUUAGGAAAUAUCAUCUACAUUACAUUAUAUAAAUAUAUCUUGACAAUUUAUUAAAUCUACUUAUAUCAUGGACUUAACUGUAUUCUUGAGAAUUAUAAAUGAGGUGGCAAUUUAUUCUGUCAGUCACAUAAGUAAAAUGGUAAGGUAUAACUAAAGGGAAGGUAUUGUGUCUUGGAUUUCAAUAGAAAGGCUUUAAGCAGUACAGAAUUAACCAGAACUAUUUAUUAUUUCAGUUUACCUUAAUUUCUUUUCACUCACUGUUAUUACAUUUUCUAUAAUAUUAAUGAUAUGAAAAUAAAAUUACCAUUACACUCAAACUUUUUAAGACAAAAAUAAGUUCAAGGAAGAAUAUAUAGUGUAGAAUAGCACUUCUGUUUAAUAUCAAUAUAUUUGUUGUAAUUAAAGAUCAUAGUAUCAUAGGUAUAUGAAGGUGAUAGGAGUAGCAUUGUGGUUGAGAUUCCUGCCUUUCAAAUUUUAAACUCAAACUUUCUUAGCUGUUUUAAAUGUGCAUUCACACACUAAACAUAGCUACAAUGUGUCCUCACAAACUAGAAACUGCAAAACCAUGAUGAUGUACUGUUGCUUUACUAUCCUCUCACAUAUGUGUAUCGUAACACGUACAAGUGUGUGUGUGAUUUCAUUGUAGCUAUUGCGUAUGUGCAAAUUAUUUUACAUUAAAAUUGCUGUUACGCAUGUGCCAAUACGUAAUUGUCUAAGACAAUUUUAAGCUAAAACAGUGCCAAGAGGUCUUGAUAUAAUUUUAUUUUGGGCUCACCUUCAGUGUUUUGACUUAAGAUUUCUUUCUAGGCCAAAAUACUAGGUUAAGUUACAAGCACCCAGUUUGUUUUCCUUAUGAAAGAUAUAUAUUCCAUUUAGUCAGUGGAAAUUUAUAUCUGCUUGAUGAGAAUGAAAACAGAAAAAGGAGAUUUAAGGGGUAAUGUGCAGGAUCAAAAGACUGAUGUGGAAUGUAAUAUACAUAAAUAAUUCUACAAAUAAAUAAAAUUCAA